AUGCAUCGCACGUUCUCUAUGCGCCAUUCCAGGGCGCCUACUGCAUCCCAGUUGCAGGAGCUGACUCUCGAGUUCUUCAUCCAGAACCCUCCACCGCCUCCUUCAAGCACCAAAUCAGGUCGUAUAUUUGGACGCGGCGCAUUAGGCCAUGCACUUCGCAGGAACGCAGCAGGUGCCUUCGGGCCUGACCUGGCCAAGAAGCUGUCGCAACUGGUCAAGAUGGAGAAAAACGUUAUGCGCAGCCUAGAGCAGGUUGCAAGAGAGCGCAUGGAAGUGGCUCAACAACUAUCACUUUGGGGCGAGCAUGGCGACGAGGAUGUUUCAGACGUGACCGACAAGCUAGGCGUGCUUCUAUAUGAGAUCGGCGAGCUCGAGGACCAAUACGUCGAUCGCUAUGACCAAUACCGCCUGACUAUGAAGAGUAUCAGGAAUAUUGAGGCUUCAGUCCAGCCAAGUCGAGACCGCAAGCAAAAAAUUACCGACCAGAUCGCUCAUCUCAAAUACAAAGAGCCCAACUCGCCCAAGAUUGUUGUUCUGGAGCAGGAGCUUGUUCGUGCUGAGGCCGAGUCACUAGUAGCAGAGGCUCAGCUGUCCAAUAUCACACGAGAAAAGAUCAAGGCCGCAUACGCAUACCAAUUUGAUGCCCUGCGCGAGCACUCAGAAAAGGUUGCCAUCAUCGCCGGUUACGGGAAGCAUCUACUCGAGCUUAUCGACGACACCCCAGUCACACCUGGAGAGACCCGUGCAGCCUAUGACGGCUACGAGGCGAGCAAGGCCAUCAUCCAGGACUGCGAAGAUGCACUCACCAGCUGGGUAACGCAGAACGCCGCGGUGAGCUCAAAGCUGUCGACCCGAGCACGAACCCUAUCGACGCGCAGGCGCAACCACAUCAAGGCGCGUGCUGAAGGCGGCCACGAUCUUUCGGCACAAGAUGCUCCGCUCAACGAACAGGGUUCCUGGGUCCAGGGCUCGAACGUUCGUGGUCAAGACGAGUUUGACGUUGAUGAUGAGGAAGAGCUUGAGGACGAACGUGAUAGCUCUAUCCUUGACAGCGAGCACGGUCUCAAUGGCGAGCGCGAGCGUCGUGGAAGGUCCCAGGAAGCCAUUGUUGCCUAG